AUGGAUGCCUACUGCAAGGAGAUCAGGAAGCUAGAAACCAAGUUUUACGGCUUGGAGUUCCACCACAUCCCCAAGGACGACAACGUGGCGGCCGACGCACUGUCCAAGCUCGGAUCCAAGUGGUCCAUUGUACCACUCGGCGUGUUUGUUCAAGCACUCAAUAGCCCUACGGUCAAGAUGGAAGAGGAACCUCCCACAAAGCACGACUUGGUCCCGGCCAUAGGGCAGGAGGUCCUAACCCUCGACACCGACUGGCGCUCUCCAAUCAUCGACUUCAUCAAAAACAACAAAAGCUACCCAAAAGGAAAGGAGCACGAGAAGCUUGCUCGUCGGUCAAGCAACUACGUCGUCAUAGGAACCGAGCUGUUCAGGCACUCGGCUUCCUCAGGAACCCUGUGCAAAUGCGUUGCACAGGAUGAAGGAGUUCAACUCCUUAGCGAUAUCCACUCGGGUAUCUGCGGCAACCACGCGGUUCGCCUCUAUCCUCAUGGGAAAAGCCUUCCGAUCAGGCUUCUACUAGCCCACGGCCCUGGCCGAUGCCCGAAACAUCGUCAGGCGAUGUCCUAG